AUGGUUAACCAACGAGAGAUCGAAGCAAACCCAGAUAAAAUUAGAGCCCUGCUAAACAUGAGAUCCCCUUUAAAGCCCAAGGAGGUGCAAAACUUGACAGGUCGACUUGUCGCUUUAAGUCGAUUUAUCUCAAAGUGUGAAGCGGCUCUCCAAGGGCUGAAGGAGCACUUGGGGGUAGCUCCCCUCCUCUUUAAACCAAAAGAAGGAAAAGCCCUUAUACUGUACUUGGAUGUCUCGACAGAAGUUGUAAGUUCAGUUCUCAUAAGGAAAGAAGAUGGAACACAACUGCCGGUUUAUUAUGUGAGCAAGGCCCUGUCACUAGCUGAGUCCAGAUACAGUGAUAUGGAAAAGCUUGCUUUUUCAUUGAUAACGGGCUCCAAAAAAUUAAGACCAUAUUUUGAGCCCCACAGUCCUAGAGUUUCAGUAAAGGGACAUGCGCUAGCAGAUUUCAUUAUGGUGUUCACUGAAGUUCAAGAUGAUAGCAUGGAUGCAAAACCUUCGGCCCCCCACUCUGGAGCCUUUUCAUUGAUGGGUUCUCCGGUGAAACAGGCUCGGGUACUGGAGUUCGGUUUCCAAGCCUCUAACAAUGCUGCGGAGUUUGAGGCAUGGCUAGCUGAUCUUAGGCUCUCUAAAGAUAUGCAGAUCAAAAGUUUAGUGGUUAGUUACGACUCACAAUUGGUGGUCAGCCAAGUUAGAGCCGAUUUCACCGCGAGGGACAAGAGUAUAGCCUCUUACUUGAAAAAAGUAAAGGAACUCAUCCCAUGCUUCGAAGGAUUCGAGCUAAACCAGAUCAUUAGAACCAAAAACGUGAGUGUCGAUGCCUUGUCAAAGAAUCCCUCUAUGGAUGCAACUGUUUAUGGACUAUCUCAAGGACGGACACUUUUAGAAGAUAAAGAAGAAGCUGGCAAACUAAGACGCAAGGUCGCCCACUACAUACUUCAAGAUGGUGUACUUUACAAAAGGGGAUUUUCAUUGCCCCUCCUACGGCGCACAGGUGAGAGCGAGACUGAAUAUGUGCUGCGGAAAAUCUACGAAGGGAUUUGUGGGAACCAUAUUGCCGGAUCGAAAUUGGCACACAAGGUAUUAAGACAAGGAUACUAUUGGCCGACCUUGAGGAAAGAAGCAGUGAAAGAUAACCGCCUUGUGACCAGCCCUUGGCCAUUCGCCAAAUGGGGUAUCCAUCUUAUUGGUCCUCUCCCAAAGGAAAGAGGAGGUGCCAACCAUGCUGUAGUUGCCAUUGACUACUUCACAAAAUGGGUCAAAGUCGAACCCUUCGACAAAAUCACCGAGGCCAAUUCCUCUAAAUUUAUCUGGAAAAACAUUAUCUGCAGAUUCAAAAUCCCCCAUUCAAUUGUUUCGGACAACGGCAAACAAUUUUAUAACAAGAAGGUCAGAUAA